GAUAAAAAAGAGAGGACGCCAUCCAUUUUCUCUCCUCUUUCUCUGCCAACAACUACCCUUAUUAUUAUUUUACAAGAAUCAUCCGACCUGAUCAGAAGAUAAACAAAAAACAAAACAAAACAAAACAAAACAAAACCGCAUCCUCUAUCCUUAAGGUUGUCUCUUAGAGAUAAAGGGGGAUGGAGGAUGCAACGGUUGAUGGAUACUGGUGUCAUAUGUGCUCUAGGAUGGUGACCCCAGUAAUGGAAUCUGGGAUUAAAUGCCCAUUAUGUGAUAAUGGGUUUGUGGAAGAAAUGGGCAGCAGCACAAGAGACCUCAAUAAUAAUGUUGUUGAUUUUAGACCAGAACGUUCAUUCUCUCUGUGGGCUCCAAUCUUGUUUGGUUUGGUGGGUGGUUUAAGUCCUCCUGCACGAGCUCAACAUCAGAAUAGCAGAAGCAGCAACAACAACAAUGCACAGGAAGAAAAUGGUGAACUCGAAAGAGAGUUUCGAUCCAUGUUUCGAAGGAUGAGGAGGAGGAGAAGCCUGGCUUCAAACCUUGGUAUGCUUCAAGGUCUUCAUUCAGGUCCAGAGAAUUCUGAAAAUAAUAGGGAGAGUAAUACUAAUAGUAGUAAUGACAAUAGUAACAGUGUGGUUUUGGUCAAUCCUUUCAAUGAAGAAGCCUUAGUUGUUCAAGGUUCUUUUGAAGUAAACAGAUCUGAAAACCCGAUUCGAAACAUGGCAACUUCUUUGGGAGAAUAUCUUAUGGGACCUGGUUUGGAUUUAUUGCUGCAGCAUUUAUCAGAGAAUAUUCCUAACCAGUAUGGGACCCCUCCUGCUGAGAAGGAAGCAGUUCAAGCAAUGCCAACUGUUGCUGUUGAGCAAAGCUUUGUGUGUUCAAUAUGCCUAGAAGAACUUAAUGUUGGAGAUGAAGCAAAAGAGAUGCCAUGUAAACAUAAGUUCCAUAGUGAGUGUAUUCUUCCCUGGCUGGAGAUUCAUAGUUCUUGCCCAGUUUGCAGGUUCCAAAUGCCUUGUGAUGAGUCCAAGAUUCAGGCGAAUAACUCGAGAAGCAGCGAAGGGCGGACGGAGAACAAUGAUGCUACGACAGUCAUGGGGAACGGAGUUGGAGGGGAGCAAAUAGGCAAUGGGAUUGGAAGAAGGUAUUGGAUCAAUGUCCCCUGGCCUUUUGAAGGAUUGUUUUCAUUGUCGACUCCUCAGAGCGGCGGAAGUUCUACUUCACCACCUUCCAUAGAGACCACGCCUGGAAAUCCUUCUCACACAGAUGAAACUUGAAGAGAAGAUGCUUGUAUGUAUAAAAUACUUGCUGCCUUUAGAUAUCUUCUUUCUUUCUUUCUUUCUUUAUUUCUUUCUUUCUUUUUUCUUAUAGUUCUUCAUGAAAGGAAUUUGCCUGCUAUGUAUACAUGUAUCCCCAAUUUGAGGAAUUUGGUGGUGUUAAAAGAAUUAACGCAAUUUUGCUGAAUUUCUUUAGUUGGAAAAUUUUCUACCUGGGAAAUAUCCUGUUCUGAUGAAACAAGAAGA